CAAAAACACUCUUUUCAUAACGGAAUUGUUUAGCCUUCGUGAGAGUGGAAGGUCUGGGACUGGGGAUCUCAUUUUACAAAUGCAAGCGCUGUUUCUGCCGUUUAUUUUGUGCUUCUUUUGAGAUGGAACCUCAUUUGAAACUAUCAUUAUUGCCUCAUUAAUGGAUAGCUUCAAAAAUAACAAGAGACCACAGAUGGUGAUUGAGACCCUCGAGUCCAAGAAGAAGAGAAGCAAAGCAGAGAUGCCAAAUCUGAUCAGUAGAGGAGGAGGAGGAGAUGUGGACGGUUUUGAUCACCGUGGCAAUGAAGAAGAUGACGUUAUGCCCUCCUCUCAGGUAUCUAUGAUGUCUGUAGAUAUGGCACCAGACUCUCAGACCAACAGGGAUCUUGAUGAAGAUGAAGAAGCCGUUGUUGCCUCUCAGCUUGACCUCACCGGAGACGAGACAGACCUUGGAGACACUAGGUCCGGGUUGGAUGGUGAAGUGUCCAGUACAUCCCAGCUGGUAGACACACCAAGUCUUGAAACAUUUGAUUCAUCGAUGACAGUUCUCCUCAACGUAAGCAGUGAUGAAGAGGAAGAAGACAGUGCGCUUCAGAGGAUAUCAACAAGGUCGAUGAAGACCAUACAGCCUGGUGACAGUUGUAGAUCUAUCAACUCUCAUGCUUCAACAGAAUCAAAUGUGUCCAGGUUAGAUGGACAAGACACUGUUCUUGUAGAUCAUGAAGCCACUAAAAGCCCUGAGGAACAAAGUUCAAGGACUUCAGAUGUUAUUAAGAAGGUGGCAAAGGACAUUGAUGAACCUCUUUUGACUCCUAAUCCACAGCGAUUUGUUCUCUUCCCAAUAAAGUACCAUGAUGUUUGGCAAUUUUACAAGAAAGCAAUGGCUUCAUUCUGGACUACAGAAGAGGUAGAUCUCAAAGAAGACUGGAAAGAUUGGGAGAAACUCAAGCCAAACGAGAAACAUUUUGUCACCCACGUAUUGGCGUUCUUCGCAGCAAGUGAUGGUAUCGUGAAUGAGAACCUUGUGGAAAGGUUCAGUCAAGAAGUUCAGAUACCAGAGGCCAAGUGCUUCUAUGGCUUCCAGAUAGCAAUGGAGAACAUUCACUCUGAGAUGUACAGUCUGCUGAUUGAUGCGUAUGUCAAGGACCCACAUGAGAAACACAGACUCUUCAAUGCUAUACAAACCAUGCCAUUUGUAAAGAAGAAAGCUGAUUGGGCUCUGAAGUGGAUUGCAUCAGAGGAGAGUACCUUCGGUGAGAGGCUGGUGGCGUUCGCUGCGGUAGAAGGAAUAUUUUUCUCUGGCUCAUUUGCUGCCAUUUUCUGGUUCAAGAAACGUGGACUAUUACCGGGCUUGACGUUCUCCAAUGAACUGAUCAGUCGAGACGAGGGACUCCACUGCGACUUUGCUUGUCUGCUCUUCUCUCACCUCCACCAUCCUCCAGCCGUCUCCCGCAUCCAGGAGAUCAUCAGGGAUGCAGUCCGAUUGGAAGAGGAGUACCUCUCCGACGCCCUCCCGGUGGCCCUGAUUGGCAUGAACGCCCGCCUCAUGAGCCAGUAUAUUCAGUUCGUGGCCGACAGACUACUCAUGGAACUGAAUUCCCCGAAGAUCUACAACGUUGAGAACCCCUUUGACUUCAUGGAGAACAUCUCGUUGGAAGGAAAGUCAAACUUCUUUGAGAAACGAGUCGGAGAAUACCAGAAGAUGAACGUCAUGACCCCUGAACUGCAUAGGCAUACCUUUACAUUGGAUGCAGACUUCUGAGAUCCGACCGCACCUUGUCAUACUGCAUGCUGAAUGAGCCCCUAAAUGGUUUAUUGUCUGAAAUAUUAACAACUCUUCUGAGAGAGAUAAGAAAGAAUGGUUAAUGUGUUGUGACAAUGAAGGAAUGAGAAAUGUAUGGUUGCAAAUGUAAAUGUGGCAAGCAUUGAGGGUUUUGAUCAGUUAUUUUGUUUGUGUUUUUAUGAAUUACUUUUGCCUGUUGUGAGCAAUGGUGAACACAUUGUUGACAUUCGAUCCAUCCAUACAGAUUAUAAUUGAGGGUACUAAUUUCAGUUCCAGAUAGAUGUGCAUAGUCAAGCAGGGAUAAUAAGGGGUGAGAGAGUUUAAUUUUCAAUCUGAUGUCAACUUUUUCAGCUUCAUUUCAACUUUCCUCUACAAAAUUACCGGUAUGCGAGUUUUUUAAUUUGAGCUUUUUUCAUGACUCACUUGUGGGCAGAGAUGCUUGUGAGUGAAACGAUGAUGAAUGUGAUAUAUUGUGAAGAAGAUGAGAGUGUUUCAUUUGUUUUUUAGAAUAUUUAUGAAAAGAUGUGUUUUAUUAGAUGAAUUUUUAAUAUAUUUUGCUGGAAGACCUUUAUUAGGUGCUAGGAUAUAUAGAUGUAUCAUGUUAGUUUGGUUGAUUAAACCUCCCCUUGUAUUAUGUUGCACCGAAGCCAGUAAGCAGAUAGUCUCGUCUACAGGCUUAAUGACACUGUACUUCUUUUAACAUACUACACCAAAUAUUUGGUAGGAUUUCUUACUUUAAGAAUUGGUAUUCAGAAAAUAUGAUAAGUGAUCAAGCUUGAGAUUUGUUAACAUGAAGUAACAAUGAAUGUGCAAUAAUCUUUGUAUGAAUUAAUCUUUCGAGGUGCCAUUAUGAACUAAAAAGCCAGUGUAUGAAACAAAAUCGAAGAUUACAUGCAGAAAUGUAUUGAAAUGGUAAUAUUUGUCAGUACUUUUUCAUGAUCUAUUCAUAAUCAAUUAAGGAUUUUUUUAGUCCUCCUUGUUUCAUUCUCUUUGUUAUUUAUUGUAUUUUAAAAAAUCUCUAGAAUUUCUGCCCCUCUUUAGAAUAAGUUCUCUCCGAUAUUGGUAGGGGUCUCCAAUUAUUUAUUUUUUAAUAUAUUUUAUGAUCAAGAAUAAGAUUCUAUGAACAGUGACGUUUAAAAUGAUUUGGGGCCAUUUCAUUGGAGCUGUACGUAAGUUAUGCACAACUUCAUGCACUACUUUACAUAGAAUUCAGUGAUGACACUAUUUAUCUCCGAAACCAGUAUUGUGUUCAUGUUUAUAUACAUGUAUCUACAAGAAGCACUAUACGCACAUAUACACCUCAUGAUACAGCACAGUACUGGAGUACUGUAUAUACCUGUACUAUGCUACUCAAAUCAUUCUUGUGGUUUUUUUUUGUUCUAUCAGAUAAAAUCAUAAGCGUAUUUUAUCACAUUGAAAUUAACAAAAAUAUUUUGUGAGCUGAGAAAUGAUUUUAUCUCUCAAGAAUUACAGAGAACUGUGCUUGAUUAUUCAUUUUGGUCUGAGUUUUGAACCAAAAAAAGGGCUGCUUUUCAAUUGUCAUAGAGGGUUGUUAUUGACAUUGCUCUACAAUAUGAAAACAAAUUGUGAUUAUUUGCUUUAUAUUCCACUAUAUAAAGGAAAUUUCUGUAUUACAAAAGCGUAAUUUAUUGAGAAAAAUCAUCUUUCUAUGUCUCUAUUUCAUAAAACAUACACCAAUAUGGUUAUUAGAUCAGUG